UUAACUCGAAACAUCAGCUGCACACUGCUGCACAUGAUAAACAAAUCGAAUGUAAAUUGUGGAUAUUACAGUACUUUUGAGCCGUUUAAUCGCAGAUCGUGAUAAUUACCAAAAAAUGAAUAUAAAUGUUAGUUCACACUAAAUGAAGAGAGCGCUAGCCCAUGCCAGACAAGUUUUGGAUUUUAUUUUCGCGGAGGAACGACUUGAAUAAUGUGGCCGAGAUAUUUUACAUCAUGCCGAAAAGUUUACAGAGCAAGUCAACUGGUACCACUUAUAAAUAGUUUAUUACAACCAAACUAUGUGUGCUCGAACUUUACAAAUCUUUUAUCAAGACGAAUUCAUCAUGAAAACAAAAUAGAAAAGCAACAAUGUAAAGAUGUGUGGAACAAUUUUACAUAUAGAUCACACACUUGUGGUGAAUUGCGACCUCGACACAUUGGGCAAAAUGUAGUCUUAUGUGGUUGGGUUCAAUAUCAAAGACUGUCAAAAUUUCUAUUAUUACGAGAUGCUUAUGGCAUAACCCAAUGUGUUGUUAAAGAAAAUGAAAAUCUUUCAGAUAUACCUUUAGAGACAGUAGUAAAAAUUAAUGGAACAGUGGCGAUGAGACCAAUGAAAAUGAGUAACUCCAAAAUGCCUACUGGACAGAUUGAAGUAAUUAUUGAAGAUUUACAAGUAUUAAACACAGUUGAUAAGCUACCAUUUAAUUUGAGGGAUUACCAGAAACCUAAGGAACAGUUGAGGUUGCAGCAUCGGUAUAUCGAUUUACGUUUUCCAGAUAUGCAGAGUAAUUUAAGAAAAAGGUCACAGAUGCUGCAUAGCAUGAGGAGAUAUCUUGUAGAAGACAGUGGUUUUAUUGAAGUUGAAACUCCUACAUUAUUUUGCCGGACACCUGGCGGGGCUAGAGAGUUUGUUGUACCCACACAUCAUUCUGGACUGUUUUAUUCCUUAGUUCAAAGCCCUCAGCAAUUCAAACAAAUGUUGAUGGUUGGUGGUAUUGAUAGAUAUUUUCAAGUAGCCAGGUGCUAUCGAGAUGAAACAACACGAUCAGAUAGACAACCUGAAUUCACUCAGUUGGAUAUUGAACUUUCAUUUGCUAAAAUGGAUGGAGUUCUUACUUUAAUUGAACAAUUGUUAUAUCAUAGUUUAUCUCAAAAUAUACCAAGACCACCAUUCAAAAGAAUGACAUACAAGUAUGCUUUGGAAAAUUAUGGAACAGAUAAACCAAACAUGACUUAUGAUUUACAAUUUAAAAAUAUUUCACAUCUAUUAUGUGACAUAUCUACGGAACCGUGUUUCAGAGCAUAUGCUUUACCUUACACUACUCAAUUAGGAAAAUUGACAUCAAAAUACAAAGAAAUUGUUAGAGAAAUAGCUAAGAAAAAUUCAGUAAAAGUUGUUUUAAAUGAAAGUAUAAAAAAAGAAUUUGGUGAUGAUUUUAUAUACAAGACGGAAAUAAAUAGAGACAUGUCAGUUAUUGUUUGUAUAGGAAAUAAUGAAAAUACAUGUUUAUGUUUAGGAGAAAUAAGAGAAAUAAUUGCUUCCCUGUUGCAAGCUAAAGGUUUGUUAGAAACUGAAGUAGGUCUCGUACCGUUGUGGGUUGUUGAUUUUCCUUUGUUUUUAAAAAGUGAAAAAGGCUUACAGACUUGUCAUCAUCCUUUUACUGCACCUCAUCCUGAAGAUAAACAUUUAUUAGACAGGGAGCCCCUCAAAGUAAGAUCACUGGCAUAUGAUCUAGUCAUAAAUGGAUGUGAAGUUGGCGGGGGGUCUGUUCGUGUACAUGAUGUAGAACUACAGAAAAAGUUGCUUAAAAUGUUGGACAUUGAACCACAUUCUUUAACACAUUUUUUAAAUGCCCUAAAGAGUGGUUGCCCUCCUCAUGCCGGAGUGGCAUUGGGUAUUGAUAGAUUGGUAGCAUUAGCUUGUAAAGCAGAUUCUAUCAGGGAUGUGAUAGCAUUCCCAAAGUCACAUGAAGGAAAAGAUCCAUUGUCUGGUGCUCCUAAUAUUAUAUCUGAAGAGGAUAAACAAUAUUAUCAUUUACCGUCAUAAGUAAUUGAUAUUUAAGGACAAAAUAAAUAUUUUUUUAUAAUAGAUAUAUAUACACCACAC